CUUAAGGAUUUUUGUACAUGUUUUUUAUUUACUUGAAAAUAGUUGUUUAGUUAGAGUUAAACUUUCAUAUCUGACAGUGACUUCAAAGAUUUUGUACGAAGACGAUCUAAGGGUAGAAGGCCUUCAAAUGUAGAGAUAGAAAAAAAAGUCAAUAAAGAUUUUGUUACUUGGUUUCCUGCGCAGGUAAAUAGAGAAGUGAUAAUUUUUUGCUAAUAUUGAGCUAGUAUUUGUGGAUAUAAUAACUAAUAUCUCUAUCAUAAUAGCUUAUGAACCCAGAUAUUAUGAAUACUGUGCAUGAGGAUUUGAGAUACUUAGCAAGGGGUCCAUCACGAUAUGCCAAGAGGUUUUCUACAUUUAGUAUUAAUGGGUUCUCCUUUCGAACUACCAAUCGAGACAAAGGGUUAAAGACCCAGAAUAGUGGAGUUUUUUUAAUGUCUUCAACUCCUUGUGUUGCUAGCGCUAGUGAUGCUGAUGUUAGGAAUGCUGAUUUGUCAUAUUAUGGCAAACUAGAAGAUAUUAUAGAACUAAACUACAAUGGCCGAUUUCGGGUUACUUUAUUCAAAUGUAAAUGGGCUGACACCACUAGAGAACGGGGCUGUAGAAAGGAUAAUUGGGGUUUUACUUCUGUUAAUUUUUCACGAGUAAUACACAGUGGUGACCGAGAGGAGGAUGAUCCAUAUAUUGAAGCCUCACAAGCUCGAAUGGUGUAUUUUGUCAAUGAUGAAGUGAAUAAAGAUUGGAGUGUUGUCGUGCAUUUGAAGCCAAGAGAUUCAUAUGAUAUGGGCGGAAAUGAAGAUGAUGAAGCAUGCGAGAAUGAGCCAUGCAAAAGAAGUACAAGAAUCUACUUAAAGCAGCAGCUGCAAAUUCUUCACAAGACAAGUCAAUAGCAGCUGCAAAUUCAUCCCGAGACAAGUCGGCAGCUUCAAAUGCAUCACAAGUCAAGUCCGUAGCAGCUGCAAAUUCCUCCCGAGACAAGUCGGCAGCAGCUACAAAUUCCUCCCGAAACAAGUCGGCAGAAGCUGCAAAUUCCUCCCGGAACAAGUCAGCAGCAGCUGCAAAUUCCUCCCGGGACAAGUCAGCAGCUUCAAAUUCCUCCCGGGACAAGUCAGCAGCUUCAAAUUUCUCCCGAGAGAAGUCGACAGCAGUUGCAAGUUCCUCCCGAGACAAGUCGGCAGCUUCAAAUUCUUCUGAGCCAUCAUCAGUUGCUCCAACUAUAUCUGAGCAUCCAUCCGAACCUAAACGUAAACGUGGGCGUGAAUCUAGGCAUUACUGGACUGUUGAUGCCAUAGCAAUAGGAGAAGCAGCCGGACUCCUUGCAGGAGUUUGUGGGCAAUUGGCCACUGAUUGUGUAGCAUUUCCAAUCAGUUUUGAUAAGUGGUCAGACAUUCCAGAGAGCUUUUUUGAAAAUCAAUGGAAUAUUUUUUUCCAAGCUCGAUUUUGCUUCAAAGUGUGUGAUAGCUUGGCCAAACGAUUUCUGCUCCAAUCGCUUGGCAAAAAAUGGAGGGAACAUAGGAUAAAGCUUUGGAAUGAGUUUUAUGAUCCGAGGUUGAGUAAAACCGAGAUCAUAAAUAAUACACCAGAAGAUAUUGCUCUUGAUCAAUGGGCUUUAUUCGUAGAAUAUCGUUUGAAGCCUGAAACUCAGAAUCUUUGUAAAAGGAAUCAAGAAAUUCGGCAAAAACAAAUAAUUCCUCAUACUUCAGGUGUUAAAUCAAUUGCAAGAAGAAGGGCUGAAUUGACGGAAGAGACGGGAAAAGAAGUUAGUAGGGUUCAAAUGUGGGAUAUCACUCACAAGAAAAUAGAUGGAAGUUAUGUUAAUGAAAAGGCUAAAGAAAUAGCGGAGAAGAUUGAAGCAUAUAGUAGUCAACAAGCGGUGGAAUCAACCGUUAAUUCUCCUCUUGAUGCUCUUGGAGUAGUUCUUGGGAAAGAGCACCCUGGUCGUGUUCGAGGUUUAGGCAUGGGAGCUGUUCCAACAGUUGCUUUCAAGAACAACACUACAAGAAUUAGUCAAAUGAAUUUAGGUUCUUCAAAUGAUGCUGGCACAUCAACUACUUGUGGUCCAAAUGUGCAAGAAGAGUUGGAUACUGUUAAAGUGCAAUUGCAAGCACUAGUAUCCUAUAUUGCUUCUAAGGAAGGAGGAAAAAUUCCAGUGGAAUUGGCUAGAAUGUUCCCUACUCAACAAAUUUCACAGGUACAAAAUACAAUUUAUGUUCUUAAUACCUUAUUCCAUGUGUUAUAUUUGGACUCUUAAGAGAAUCUGGGUCAA